AUGCAUUCGACAGUCCCCUUCAGGGCAGUCAUCCUUUUGCUUCUCACCGCCCGGCUCACCUUCGCAUGGGGCACGCUUGGACACGAAACCGUUGCGUGGAUUGCUCAAUCUUAUGUUUCCGAGACCACCGAGUCGACAGUCAAAAGCAUUCUAGGCUCAACACGCUCGGACUACAUGGCCAAUGUGUCGACGUGGGCGGAUUCGUAUCGGUACACGAGUAGUGGUCGCUGGUCAGCCCCUCUUCAUUACAUCGACGCCAAUGACAGUCCACCGUCUUCAUGCUCGGUGGAUUACAGUCGAGACUGUGGCGAGGCUGGAUGCAGUGUCAGUGCCAUUGUCAACUACACCUCGAUUCUGCUAGACAACACUUCGGGCCAGGCACUCAAGAACGAUGCCAUGAAAUUCAUCAUUCACUUCAUCGGAGACAUCCAUCAGCCUCUCCACGAUGAAGCACUCGAUGUUGGCGGGAACACGAUCAAUGUCACUUAUGACGGGGAAGCCACCAACUUGCAUCACAUCUGGGACACGGAGAUUGUGGAACAGCUUGCAAACGGUGCCGGUGCGCAAGAGUUCGCCAAGAACCUCUCCUCAGCCAUCAGGGCCGGUGACUAUGGCUGGGACGUUGACAGCUGGUUAAACGGUGUGUCGUUGAACGAUACUUUGUCCACAGGGACGGGUUGGGCAAGUGAGGCAAAUGCGUACGUGUGUAGUGACGUUCUGCAUGCAGGAGUGGACGCUGUCGAAGAAGGAGGCGAUCUCAGCGGUACUUAUUACCAGGCUCACUAUGAUGUGGCGAGAGUUCAGAUUGCCCGAGCAGGGUAUCGGUUAGGGGCCUGGUUGAACUUGAUCAUCACCGGGAGGACGGACGGUUAG